AUGGGAUGCGAAUCACUGGAGUUGCCGAUUAAUGCGACAAUUUGUUGCGUGUAUGCUUUUCACGUGACCACAUUCACCGUGGUCUCCGUUGGUACGAUUCUCAAAAGAGAUGCGUUCCAUCCAUUCUUCAGAAAUGUUGUAGAGUUCUUCUACGUAUACGCAUCACCAUGCGCGGUAGUAAUUCUUCUUGAAAGAAUGGCAGCCUCUUUCUUCACAUCACGAUAUGAAAGCACUCGUCCAUGGUCUAUGAUAACAAUUGCACAAACCUUAUGUGUUUUGGUUUCACUUGUUAUCGUCUCCACCCACUUUUAUGCUAUGGAUCUUCGUCUGUUUUAUAUGCUUGGUCUUCAGUCCUUCAUCAUUCUGGUCUUAGUAAUUCUUCUUAUUUUAAAUCGGUCACGAACAAAAAGAGAAAUUGGUAACGGGCACCUUUCCUUUCGCUACCAAAUGGCUGAAAAUAUCAAUGCUCUGCGGAUCAUCAUUCCGGUUGUAGUAUUGGAUGCUUUGCUGACAUUUGUGGACAUCUUAUGUGAGAAAAUUUUCUCAGUCGAUGUAGUUUUUGAAUCAAUGAAAUGCGACAUCAGAAGCUACUUUACCGUUUUCGUCAUUUCACAAACGGCACGUGUUGGAAUUGAAGCAUCCAUCCCGCUUGUUGUUGUAAUUCUACAUCCUUCUCUGAGAAAAGCAAUCGCAUCCAAACUAUGUGGUUGUCGUUCCCAAAAGGGUGAUAUGGAGAGGCUCCAGCUAAGGAACGUUCUUGGAGAGAAAAUCAACUUCUCGCAAUCAGUGGAACAACAUUUUUCCUAUUUGCAAGCAAAGUGGGAUGUAUGA